GCGCAAUGUGAAUAUACAGAGUAUGCCUAUUUUCUUUUAAUUUACGAUUUAUCAAAGAGAAUCGUUAAUCAGUCAUCGAGAUAAACUUGUUUAUAAUUUUGUGCUUUAGUUGUUCUCUUCAUUAGAAUCAUGCUCUCCGAGCAGACGCCAAACGAGGAGAAAAGAAUUUCAAAUCCUGAAGUAUGGUCAGAGGAUGAAAGUGAUGACUCAACUUUGUCUUCUUCUUCUUCUUCAGACACAUCCCUGGAACUCCCUGUAGUGACUCAGGAUAAUUAUGUACCAAAGAAGAAAUCCAACCAGAGUUCAAUCAAAACCAAAGGAGAGCUCAGUUUAGAUGAACUUCCUCCCAUCGAAAAUUUGACCAUUUCUGUAGAAGAAGAUGAAAUAAAAGAAGUUGGCAAAGUCUAUGCCAUUAUCGAAAAGCUAGUUGUUGUGCGCUCUUACAAAGAUGAGCGUCCCCUCGAUAUAGACUCCAUCCUCUUCCUGACUUCAGAAAAGCCUCUCGGGAAAGUAUUUGAUGUUUUUGGUCCGAUUGGAGAACCAUUUUACAGUGUACGCUUCAACAGCACAGAGGACAUAACAGAGAAAAACGUAGUGGUGGACGCUCCUGUGUUCUUUGCUCCUUCUCGCCCGGAGCCCAUCACUAGAUAUGUUUUCUUGGAGCAACUGCAAAACCAGAAAGGGUCUGAUGCAUCAUGGAAGGAUAAUAAUGAGCCUCCCGAAGAACACUUGGACUAUUCUGAUGAUGAGCAAGAGUCGCUUGCUCGCAAGAAACGUCAUCCCAGAAACCGGACUCCUCUAAAGAAUUCUGAAGACGUUCCUGUUGAAACUCCUGUCAUUUCAGGUCCCUUAUCAAAUGAAUCCUCAGCUGUUCCUGCAUCUAGUGCUGUGACAAGUUUCGCAAGGAAUCCUCAGGUUACGAUGAGCAGCAUGGCAAAUGCUCCAUUGCUGACAGAAUUAUGGAGGCCUCCACCACCACUGCAAGUUGUGAAUCAGCCUUUGUUGUUUUUGCAUAAACCACCACCAGUGUUCAGAUUUAAUGCUCUGCGACCUCAAUUACCUAUUCAAAUUGGACCCACUCCUGUGCCUUCCACACAGAAUAUUUUCCCCAUUGGUCCCAUCCCAAACAUGAUGAGACCCCAUAAUCUCAAUGUGGUUGGUCCAAAUCCAGUAAACCAGCAAAACUCUUAUCCUGCAAAUCAACCCCCCAUUUUGGUGAACCAACAAAGUAUAAAUCAGUUGCAUCAAGAUCCAAUUCAGCAGAAUUUCAGUCAAGUCAGCCACAAUGCAACCUCAAUGAAUCAGAAUAAUCACAACCAGAUGUUCAAAAAUCCAAACACACAGAUUGGCAUGAAUUCCAGUCCGAUGUCUCAACAGAACCAGUGGAAUGGCAUGACACAGAGGUAUCCUAACCAUCAGAAUUUGAGCCAAAUCAAUCAAAGGAACAUUCCAAUGAACCAGCAUAGACAAGGCUUCAUCCAACCGAAUCAGACAGGUCCUUAUGAUGCCCAAAUUCCCAUCCCUCCUCCCACAUAUGGACCCAUCUCUCACUCCAUGAAUUCCUCUUAUCCUGUUUUACCACAUCAGACUUUCGCUUCAAACCCUUGGCCUCAAAGUCAGAGGCCAAUUCACAGUCCUGCAAGUCCUAUGCCGAAUGCAAGCUGGUUCAGCGGGUCUGCUCUGACCGCCAGUCCGGCACCAAAUGUUGCCAGGAGCCCCCUGCCACCGUGCUCCCCCCUGAGUAUACAAAUUCCUAGCAGCAGUGGGGCCCCUUCACCUGCUCUGGGGCCCUUCUCAUUUCAACUUCUUCCACGUCCUUCUCCUGUUUUCUUCUCUCACGCUGGUCAGAACACAUUCUUCAAAAACUAAAUGGUGUUCUUAAAGUUUUGAAGGAUUCUUUCUUUAUCGCUUGC